CAUGCAACGCAUCUAAAUGUCGGCGUCGGACAAGCCAGGUUUUUAUAGGAUCGAACUGAAUAAAACUGUAUGGGACGUGCCGCAACAUUAUCAACUUCUAAAUCCCAUUGGAUUAGGAGCUUACGGUCAGGUUUGUUCUGCUGUAAAUCAGCUGUGUGAUGAAAAAGUUGCUAUCAAAAAAUUAGCUAGACCCUUUUUAAGUGAUAUACAUGCUAAGAGAACAUACAGAGAACUAUGUAUGUUGAAACAUAUGGAUCAUGAAAAUAUUAUUAAUUUGCUAGAUGCUUUCACACCUCAGACUUCAUUCGAGACAUUUCAAGAUGUGUACAUGGUAACACCAUUGAUGGGAGCUGAUUUGAAUAAUAUACUCAAAACACAAAGGUUGAGUGAUGAUCAUGUACAGUUUUUAGUUUAUCAAAUUUUACGUGGCUUAAAGUACAUUCAUUCAGCUGGAAUCAUCCACAGAGAUCUUAAACCAGGUAACUUGGCAGUUAAUGAAGAUUGUGAAUUAAAGAUUUUAGAUUUUGGUUUAGCUAGACACACUGAAGAUACCAUGACAGGGUAUGUAGCUACAAGAUGGUAUAGAGCUCCAGAGAUUAUGUUAAAUUGGAUGAACUAUGAUCAAACUGUUGAUAUAUGGUCUGUUGGAUGUAUAAUGGCUGAAAUGUUAACUGGAAAACCACUUUUUCCUGGAACAGAUCAUAUUGAUCAACUAACUCGUAUAUUAUGUUUAGUUGGUACACCAGAUGAUCAAUUGAUGGAAGAUAUACAAAGUCCUGAUGCUAGAUCCUUUAUCAAAUCCUUGCCAAAGUGGAAGAAGAAAGAUUUUCGUGAAGUAUUUAUUGGGGCAAAUCCUCACGCAAUAAGUCUUUUAGAAAAAAUGUUACAAUUAGAUGUUAAAAGACGUAUUAAUACAGUAGAGGCCUUAGCUCACCCGUAUUUGAAACAGUACGCUGACCCAACUGAUGAACCUACCUCAGAACCUUACGAUCAGUCUUUUGAGGAAAUGAAGUUAUCUGUACCUGAAUGGCGAAAAUUGGUAUAUGAUAAAAUAAAUGAGUUUGUACCAAGAAAGCAGACAUAGAAAUGAUAUAAGAUAAGAGAAGCAUAAUAGAAGAAUUUUAACCUGGAUACAUAAUACAACCUAUUUAAGUUUCAUUUGAUAAGAUCUUGAGAACACAUUUCUGGAUAUAUGUAUCAAAAUUAAUUUCCAAAUAGGCACUAACAGUUCGAACUGCAUGUUGCUGAAUUCCAACCAUGAGUUGCAAAUUGAAUGUUGAUAAUUAGUUUUGAAGCAUGAAUCCUGUUGUAUAGUAUUUUUGUAACUAUUUGUAAAAAAUUAAUACAAAAAAACAUACCAUAUUGAUAUGAGAAUAGUAAAUUGAGAAAACAGUAAGGUUUUGAUUGAACUCUUUACACUUUGUGUUGUUCUAAGUAUUGUUCAGUAAUUAUGUAUGAACAUUUUAUCAUCAAGCCUCAUUUCUCUACGAAUUGUUUUUUUUUUUAUAAAACUGUAGAUGGAUCUCCUGGUUCUUGGUGACAAAAAUGAAACUGAUAUGUUUUCAAUGCAGCUAUUGUUGAAUAAUGUAAAAUUAUAGCAAAUGAGACACGUUUUGUUAUUUUUAAGGAAUUGUCAUUAAUUUCAGAUAAAACUUUCUAUUGUUGAUAUGUGUAUAUGCACUGUUUAUAAUAAGCUGGGAAAACCACAUGUAUUUUAAAAUGUAUGUAAAUACCCUAAAUUGAGGUGUGUAAGCCUAUUGCUCAAUGAUAGUAAUGAAUAACUCUAUAUGAUUUCUUUUGUUCACAUUUUUAUGUACAAUUGAAGAUAUUUAAUUUGCAAUAGAAAAUAUUAUUAUUGUUAGAAAUCACACAAUACUGGUGAUUAAAUUAGGUAUAAUUCAAUGCAGUUGAUAAAGAUAAAUGGUUACUUUUUUGUCAAACACAAAGUGGUAUUAAGUAACUAGUUAUGCAUGUAAUUAUAUUCAGAUUAAACAUCACACACUAUAUUGGAUAUAUUAGAAAGGAAUGAAAUUAUAUGAUUUUUAAAAUGUAACAACUAUGUGAAGAUCAAGAAAAAAAUCAAAGCAGUAUGGCUUGAAUUGUAGCAAUCAUAUGAGAGAAAUUACACCAUUUCAAGCUGCUGUUUGAUAAAGCUGAUCUAGUACAUUAUUCUUUGUAUUUUGUAUAUUACUACUGAUUUGAAAGGGGGCAGGCCUCAUUGUUUAAUUAUAUAUAGAUUUUUAUGAUGUGACAUAUAAUACUGUUAAAGAUUUGUUAUAGUAGGUUAAAAUAUAUUACAAGUUCUUGUUCAUAUGAUAUUUGGAACAAUUAUCAGUAAUAUUAUUACCGCUAUUUUAUUUUUAAAAAUGUAAACCUGACUAGUGAUGUCAGCACUUAAAAUAUUUCAAAGCAUAGUAUACAAUAAAAGUUGGCAUUUACAUCAAUGUUAAGUCUAUUGAUUGCAAUUUUUGUUUUC